UUUUAUUUGGUUGUACAUUUCUUAUGUAGAUUUUUAAUUCCAAAUUCGUACAUAUUAAUUGUUUUUGUACUUAAGUACUAAUUUAUUAGUUCAAAAACAAUAUGGGUAUUACUCUUUAUCACUUUCCCAAGAGCGGGCCUUCGAGGGGGGCUCUUUUAGCUGCCAAAGCAGUUGGAGUAAACAUAGAUAUACAAACCGUUGAUUUAUUUAAAAAAGAGCAACUUAGUGAAGAUUUUGUAAAACUUAAUCCGCAACACACAAUUCCAACCCUAGUAGAUGGGGACACAGUGAUUUGGGACAGUCAUGCUAUAGCAUGUUACUUAGCAACAGUUUAUUCGAAAGACAAAAACCUGUAUCCCCAAGAACCUAAAGCUAAGGCUCUUGUAGACCAGAGGUUGUACUUUGAUUGUGGCACUAUGUACCCCCGAAUAAGACAAAUAUGUUUUCCAGUAUUGUUCUUGGGCCAAGAUGAGGUAUUCGACGAACACAGGGCACAAUUAGAAGAAGCCUUGGGUUUUUUGGAUGUGUUUUUGGAAGGAAACGAUUUUGUAACCGGGAAAAAUUUAACUAUUGCUGAUUGUUGCUUGGCAGCUUCUAUUUCAACCAUUGUGGCUGUAGGUUGGGACAUAUCUCCUUACUCGAAUGUAUUUAACUGGAUGGCCAGAUGUUCAUUGGCCAUUCCAGAUUACGCAGAAGCCAAUCAGAAGGGUGCCGAUGCUUAUGGAAAAGCUGUGAGAAGCAAAUUGGCGCCAGGACAAAUUUAAUAUAGGUAUAUUUCGAUUGCAAGUUUAUUUUUUUAAUAAAAAUGGAAGAGUUUGCACACGCUCGAUGAAUUUAGAGUUUAGUUCCCAUCUUAUUGGAAGAAAAGGAUAUCCCAAUGUAAGUGUUUUAAAAUUACAUAAUUGUUUUCUUGUUUAAUUCAACCAACAAACAUCUACAAGUUUACAUAAAGUUACAAAAUACAAAGUUAACG